UUCUCUCCGCAGCACCGGGUCGCGUCCGGGCUCCAUCAGCUGCCGCCGCCGCUGCCCCGCGCCCCGAGCCCGAGCCACGAUGAGCGGCCGAGUGGGCGACCUGAGUCCCAAACAGCAGGAGGCCCUGGCCAAGUUCCGGGAGAAUGUUAAGGAUGUCCUGCCCACCCUGCCCAAUCCAGAUGACUACUUUCUCCUGCGCUGGCUCCGAGCACGAAGCUUUGACCUGCAGAAGUCAGAGGCCAUGCUCCGGAAGCAUGUGGAGUUCCGGAAGCAGAAGGAUAUAGAUAACAUCACCAGCUGGCAGCCUCCUGAGGUGAUCCAGCAGUAUCUGGCUGGGGGCACGUGUGGCUACGACCUGGAUGGCUGCCCAGUCUGGUAUGACAUCAUUGGGCCUCUGGAUGCCAAAGGGCUGCUGUUCUCAGCCACCAAGCAAGACCUGCUCAGGACCAAGAUGAGAGACUGUGAACUGCUUCUGCAGGAGUGUGCCCACCAGACCACCAAGCUGGGGAAGAAAAUUGAGACCAUCACCAUGAUUUACGACUGUGAGGGGCUUGGCCUCAAGCAUCUCUGGAAACCUGCCGUGGAAGCCUAUGGCGAGUUUCUCUGCAUGUUUGAGGAAAAUUAUCCUGAAACACUGAAGCAUCUGUUUGUUGUCAAAGCCCCCAAGCUGUUUCCUGUGGCCUAUAACCUCAUCAAACCCUUCCUUAGCGAGGACACUCGGAAGAAGAUUAUGGUCCUUGGAGCAAACUGGAAGGAGGUUUUACUGAAACAUAUCAGCCCUGACCAGUUGCCUGUGGAGUAUGGGGGUACCAUGACAGACCCCGAUGGGGACCCCAAGUGCAAAUCCAAGAUCAACUAUGGGGGUGACAUCCCCAAGAAGUACUAUGUUCGAGACCAGGUCAAGCAGCAGUACGAGCACAGCGUACAGGUGGCGCGGGGCUCCUCGCACCAGGUGGAAUACGAGAUCCUCUUCCCGGGCUGCGUGCUCAGGUGGCAGUUCAUGUCAGAGGGGGCAGACAUCGGCUUCGGAGUUUUCCUGAAGACCAAGAUGGGGGAGCGGCAGAAGGCUGCGGAGAUGAUGGAGGUGCUGGCCAGCCAGCGCUACAACGCCCACAUGGUGCCCGAGGAUGGGACUCUUACCUGCAAUGAUCCUGGUACCUAUGUCCUACGGUUUGACAACACCUACAGCUUCAUCCAUACCAAGAAGGUCAGCUUUACAGUGGAGGUCCUGCUUCCUGACAAAGCCUCAGAAGAGAAGAUGAAUCAGCUGGGAGCUGUCACCCCCAAAUAACGCCUCCUCCUACAGCAGGCUUGGGCCCCCUUAGUGGCUCUCUGUUGGUUUCUUCUUAGCAGUCACUUUCUUACAAUCCUGCAGCCACCACCAAAAAAAGGGGGCUGGAGGGGAGACUUCAGGCUGGACUGGGAAGCGUUCGUUCCAGAAAGAGGCUUUUCCAAACUUUUCCCUUCAUUUUUAAGUCACGGAGCCUGGGUUUAUUACCUCUGGGCUUUUCCCAAGUAGUAAGGAGGAGUGGCCCAAGUUCAGCGCUGACCUUCCCACUGGAAGGCAGAGAGGUACUUCAGCAACUCCUGGGCUGCCUUUAAUUACUAAUCAUUGUUAGUGACUCUGAGCUUCCAGUUCAAUGAAAAAGAAAGAAAGGAAGGAAAAACAAGCACAAUCAUAAUCACUUUCCGAGAUCCCAGGUAGAAGAAGGGCCAGGGAGGUUGGGGGCGAGUCCUUGGGGGGCGGCUCCUCCCUGCCCCAGCCUCUCACUAACCCUCCCUUCUGAGCACCCCAGAUAGCAAUGACAAGUGGGAUCCGGACCCGGGCAUUUCCCACCCUGGGUGUCGGCCUGCCGACUGACCUGCAGCGGCCUCGGCAGCACCAUCUCCGUGGGUGGCGAGGUCCAGGCCGGAGGCGGCCAGGCCGGGAAGGCUCCUGGACAGGUGGCCACAGGCUGGACCUGCGUCUCGUGGAGCCGAGGGCUGAGGGCGGCCGCAGCCCGGUCACCACAGCCCGGGCCCGGGCCCCGGCCCCGAGGACGCCCGGACACCACAGCCUAGUCCCGGGCGGCCCCCUUUAUCUCAGAGCCUGGCCUGGGGUGCUGGGCGAGCUCAGGGCUGGGUCCCCGCGAGGGUCGCUCAGGACAUCCUGGCCCUGGUUUACAGCGAUCUGUUAGGAAAAUUAACCAAUAAAUAAAGAAAGCUACGUUCGGUGCACGGGGAGUGGAGCUCAAUGUCGGCCACAGGCC